AUGUCUGUUCCAUUGACUUUAAGUACACCUAUUUUAUAUAUUGUUUCAAACUUAGGUUCAAAGUGUUAUUCGAAUGUCGACAGAAACUACUAUGACCAAAAGAUACUUAUGCGUAUAAACAACACUUUCUCUGCUGGUUUGCCUAUUGUUCAUUCGAAUGCAGAGUUUUCAGCUUUAGUAAACUCAAACACUUUAGCAAACAUAAACUUAACCUUAGUUGACGCAAACUUUGUUCCUGUAAAACUUUUAUGUCCUAUGUAUUUGUCAAUGACGGCAGAAAGUUUCGAAUUGGAAGAUGCAACUGGUGAAAGUAUUGUAUUACAAGAACAACUUCAACAACAAAUAGCUCAAGAACAACAAAUGCAACAAAUGCAACAAAUAGCUCAAGAAUAA